UUGUUUCCAGGCGUAAAAUAAUCCUGGUUUCUGGAUUUUGAAAGGAUUCAGCCGUCAGGGGAGAAUAAUAUUGUCAUUUCUGAGGACUUCCUAUCUUCUUCUUCCGAUACCAAAUAAUUCGCAGAUUACAGAUAACGACCUACGUACAGUUACUUAAAAGAAAUAUUAAAGACAUCGAUGGAAGACAAGGAAGAAUUUUCGAGACAUCUUAUUUGUUUUCCUAACCACCUGAGGCGAACAAUAAGUGCUUUGGACCGACGUCAUAGUUUCCAAGAAUUGAAAAAUAACACUCAUUUUUAGACAAUUUGUAAACUAUGUUGACUGAAUACAGCAUUAUAUUCGUGUUUAUCUGCAUUCAAACGAAAGCGGACAAGAAUGUUUCUACGUUUUACAUAGAUUUAUUAGAUUCAAGUAAUAAACUAACUGCAAGAAGCGAUGUGGACUAUGUGAUAUCUUACAUCAAUUCUCAACCUAUUAGCGGAUCACCGCUAAUAUUACGACGGAAUAACGUCACAAAUCUGAGGGAUGGCUUCAAAAAUGCACAUGGUUUGUUCACAAGCAACGUCAUAGCGAUGAUCGACAUUGGAGACGAAGACGAUUUUAACGGCUGCGUUUCCAGUGCAUUAACAAACAUACCCAUAUUCGGUCUUAUCGACAAAGGAAAUAACCAAAUAAGGAAGUUACGUUUGUGCAAGCGCUCUAUAGCAUUGUCAGCGGAUUACAUGGACUAUGCACAUGCCAGUAUAACGAUCCUGGAGUCCUUCCAGUGGAAGAAGGUGGCUCUUGUUUUUGAAGAACYACGUUUUUACCAAGCGGCCUAUUUCCAGUCAGUCGUCGGUGAUAAAACAUACAGCAUAAGACAUAUUCAACUACUAACCUACAGCAACAUGACAGAAGAAGACACAACCAGAAAAGUGAUGCAUGACUUGGCGGCAAACGACGUCGAUGUCAUCUUGUUAUACACUAGCGAAACCUACACAAAUUCUCUGCUAAUCAAGGAAGCGUGRAACCCGACAAAAACAUACGUUUGGAUAAUCCAGGAAUCUGUUCCAAUGUCAAUACAAGCUUACAAUUCACAUAUGGUUGUUGGUUUUCAACUCUCAAAAAAUCUAACAAUGUUACCAAAGACGUUGCACAAUCACAGCUCUUUUUGCCAGGACUGCAUUCAUCUCAUUUUCGACGCAGUAACUACAGCCACCAUGGCAACAACCAAACUUCAGCAUCUUGGCUUAUGGUUACCGGGAAACACUAGCAGUGKUAUAAAUACAAAUAGGGAAAGACUGUACAACGAAGCGACGAAAGUUGGUUUUCAUGGUCYCACGGGGUUAAUAAAGRUCGACCGAARAGGACGACGACAUGUGGAAACUCUUGAAAUAUUAAACUUAAGAAAAAACACGUUUGUUAAAGUAGGAGAGUGGAUCAAAUCAUCUCCAAACCAGCACAUCUCAGGUGAAAUACUACCAAACUUUGUCAAGACAUCUGAAGCAAAUUCCCUUCAAGGACGCAAACUGUCWGUUGCUGUAAUCGUGCUUGAYCCUUUCGUCARCAYGACAACAGCCAAAGACGGAUCAAUACAGUACAAGGGCUUCUGCAUUGAUUUGCUCGCAAGACUUGCAAGUGAUUUGAAGUUUUCAUAUGAAAUWCACGAAUCACUGGAUGGUAAUUACGGGUCUUACAAAAAUGGUCAAUGGAACGGAAUGGUUAGGGAACUCAUCGAUGGGAAAGCCGACAUGGUAGUGAGUGACAUAACCAUCACCGAGGCACGAGAAAAAGUCAUCGACUUCACAACCAGCUACAUGUAUUACACGGAAGACAUAGCUAUGAAAAAGAACGAAAUCAAGACAAAUGAUUAUCUGCAGUUCUUGAUGCCCUUUGAUGCUGAAGUCUGGAUAGUUCUUGUAGGGGUGCUAGUUGCGUUUACAAUUUUUCUGUUCAUACUAAAUUACCUAAGUCCUUAUGGAUGGAAAAACGAGCAGGGAACUCAYACGUCUAAGGAAUUUAGUUUGUUUAACUGUUUUUGGUUUUCAUGUUCUUGUAUGCUGCAGCAAGGAGCAGAACACACACCUAAAUCUAUAUCAGGCCGUCUUCUGGUCGGCUUUUUCUGGUUCUCUGUCCUUAUAUGGGUUUCAACCUACACAGCAAACUUGGCGGCAUUUUUCACUGUAGUGUCCAAAGAACUCCCUAUCAAAAACCUCGAGGAUGCCGUCAAUUCCGACUACCAGCUYGGCGUUUCCAGCAGAUCACACUUGGUAGAUUUCUUUAAGCAUACACAGGUAGAAUUUUACCAAAGAGUCUGGAAAAAAAUGAYUAAUCUUCCCAUCAACAACAUAGAAGGCAUGAAAUGGACUCGCGAAAAGCGAUACAUUCAUCUUGGAAACGGACCUAUAUUGAGCUUCCAYGCAAGCAAGAAACCUUGRGAAUUAGUCACGCUACCUGGUUUGUCCACUCCUAAAAGCUAUGGCAUUGGUUUACGACAUGGCGACCCCCARGUUAAAGAGAUCUCACUUGGAAUACUUCAUCUUCGUGAUACAGYAUUUCUCGAAAAGCUYCGUAACAAAUACUGGAGUCUUAAUGAGUGUACACCAGAAGUGUCAAAGGUCCACUAUCCUGUCAUAGGCCGAACACCUGUAGAACUAUCCAGCAUGGCGGGAGUAUUUAUUGUUCUGGGUUCUGGAUGUGUAAUAUCAGUGGUGACACUAAUGUCCGAGAUAUACUACUAUAAAUUCAGUAAAAUGAAGAGUGYACGCAUCUCUGAUUUGAGCUCAAACUUGUUUAACAAGAGAUCCAAUUCAAAGUCGUUCGAAAUCGGAAAAGAUAAUCAAGUUGCAAUAGAAGAAAUCGAUAAUGAAAUUCCUCAAUCACAAACYAGAAGAAAUCUUGAACAUUCUUUUUAAAAAUCACAUUUUUGUAACAAAAAAUGAAUAUGAAAAAGCUGAAUAAAAACUAU